GGGAGCGCACGGCGGGGCGCGGCAGACGCUGGGACGCGGCGCACCAAGGGAAGCGGCCGGCCGCCCAUGGCGUUCGCGCUGCUGCGCCCCGUCGGCGCGCACGUGCUGUACCCGGACGUGCGGCUACUGAGCGAGGACGAGGAGAACCGCAGCGAGAGCGACGCCUCCGACCAGUCGUUCGGCUGCUGCGAGGGCCUGGAGGCGGCACGGCGCGGCCCGGGCCCCGGAGGCGGGCGGCGGGCGGCCAGCAGCGCGGGCCCGGUGGUGGUGGUGCGACAGCGGCAGGCGGCCAACGCGCGGGAGCGGGACCGCACGCAGAGCGUGAACACGGCCUUCACGGCGCUGCGCACGCUCAUCCCCACCGAGCCGGUGGACCGCAAGCUAUCCAAGAUCGAGACGCUGCGCUUGGCGUCCAGCUACAUCGCGCACCUGGCCAACGUGCUGCUGCUGGGCGACGCGGCCGACGACGGGCAGCCGUGCUUCCGAGCGGCGGGCACCGCCAAGAGCGCGGUCCCAGCCGCCCCCGACGGCGGCCGCCAGCCGCGUUCCAUCUGCACCUUCUGCCUCAGCAACCAGCGCAAGGGGGGUAGCCGUCGUGACCUGGGGGGCAGCUGCUUGAAGGUGAGGGGGGUGGCCCCAGUUCGAGUGCCUCGGAGAUGAGCCUGGACCCCUGUGUCAUUUGCUCCAAGCAGGACCCUGAGAAGGAGGCCAGAGGCCAACCACUGGGCGAACAGGGGAAGACCCCAGGAGCUGAACCCAGGUCCCUUCUUUGUGUAGGGACCAGAGGACAAUGGCCUGGGCCCAUGACCCUCUGAGCAGGCCCCCUGGGACAUCUCCACCCCACCCUGGAGAGCCGUGAGGACCCAUCCAGCCGGCCCGAGCCCUGGCUGGUCAGAGACAAGGCAGAACUUUUGGAAAAACAAAGACUGUUGUUGACAGAGGAUGUGUGUGUGUCUGUGCAUGAGUGUGGGUGUGUGUAUGAGAGAGAGAGAAUUGAUGGGUUUAAAAUAAAAGGUAUUUUUAAGUAAAAA